GAGGAAUAAAGAGCGGGAGCAGCGAAGACAUGAGGUGGAGACACCGUGGAGGCGGAGGAGGGGCGGGGAUCCCGGGAAAACAUACUGGAGUGACCUAUCCUCUUCCGUGAAUUGGAAAUCCUGUUUGUUCCCUGUUCUAGAUUGGGAAGUUGCUGUUUAUGUCCAUCUGGAUUGUGAUUGGCUGACAUGGAGCAGGUCCAGUCUCUGCUGUUCUCGUUUCUGCGAGGAACUAAAUCUGCAAAUAGGAACAGAUCGUCUUCUGAGAACUUCCUUUGAAUCAUGGAUCGAUGUAAGCAUGUAGGACGCCUGCGCCUGGCCCAGGAUCAUUCCAUACUGAAUCCACAGAAAUGGCGCUGUGUUGAUUGUGACACACGAGAGUCCAUAUGGGCAUGCCUAAAAUGCUCUCAUGUAGCAUGUGGACGAUACAUUGAAGAGCAUGCCUUGCGCCACUUUCAAGAGAGUAGUCACCCACUAGUUAUGGAGGUACAUGAACUCUAUGUGUUUUGCUAUCUGUGCCAGGACUAUGUAUUAAAUGACAAUGCGGAGGGUGACUUAAAAUUAUUAAGGAGUACCCUUUCUGCAGUACGAAAUCAGAGGCAGGAAGCAUCCAACCGCAGGAGUUUGAGGUCACAAACUAUAGUAAAUGAGGGUAGUGGCCCAACGAUGCUUACUGCUCUGCGGCACCGUCGACAAGCCCUUCUGGCCAAAGCUCUGCGACUUUGGUUUGAAAAGAGCUCAAGAGGGCAGGUGAAAAAGGAGGAGAGAAAACAGAGACUUGAACUAGAAAGGAGAAAAGAAGAGACUAGGCUAAGGAGACAGGAAAUGAAACGACGACUUUUGGAAGAGCUGGCAAACACACCUCCUAGAAAAAGUGCCCGUUUAUUAUCCCAUGCACACAGGGAUAGCCUGAUCCCACGUAAGUUCAGGGACAUGACGUCCAGCAGUGCUACGUCUCAGCGGGAAGCUCGCCGAAGAUUUAAUCAGCUGUACUCAAUCAAGCCCAAGGUGACCCCAGGGGUGACUGGCCUCCGCAACCUUGGAAACACCUGUUAUAUGAACUCCAUUCUGCAAGUUUUGAGCCACUUGCAAAAGUUCAGGGAGUGCUUCCUCACUUUGGACACUAGUGAAAAAGAAGAACUACUGGCAAAAACCGGUACCAACGGCAAUCUCCUUGUGGGUGACAGGGUUGUUGGUAGCCUUCCACAAGGGGGACUGGGUCUAUAUGGGAAAUCAUCUAUUGGUAAACUGGAACUGAUACAACCAAAGGAACCCAGCACAAAGCAUUUGUCCCUUUGCCAUGAGUUGCACACCCUGUUCCGUGUGAUGUGGUCAGGGAAAUGGGCGCUGGUUUCGCCCUUUGCCAUGCUACAUUCUGUUUGGAGCCUGAUCCCAGCCUUCAGGGGCUAUGAUCAGCAAGAUGCCCAGGAAUUUCUUUGUGAGCUGUUGGAUAAGGUGCAACAGGAGCUAGAAUCUGAGGGAAGCAAGCACAGGAUUCUUAUUCCCAUAUCACAAAGGAAGCUCACCAAACAAGUCCUGAAGGUGGUAAAUACCAUCUUUCAUGGGCAACUGCUUAGCCAGGUUACCUGUCUAACUUGCAGCUACAAGUCUGACACUGUGGAACCCUUCUGGGAUCUCUCCUUAGAGUUUCCUGAACGUUAUCACUCCCUAGAGAAGGGGAUUGCUCCAGUCACCAUCACAGAGUGCACUCUUACAGAAAUGUUGGCAAAGUUCACAGAGACAGAGGCCCUGGAGGGAAGAAUCUACGCCUGUGAUCAGUGCAACAGUAGGAGGCGGAAAUCCUCUCCAAAACCGCUACUACUAAGUGAAGCAAAGAAGCAGCUCAUGAUAUUCAGACUACCUCAGGUUCUGCGACUCCAUCUCAAGCGCUUCAGGGUACUCUGCACUUUGGAUACUAAAAACAAGUUGCGGGAAACUCCCGCGGCCAAUGCAGCUAAUAUGGACUUCCAGCUUGAGCAGGCAAAAACCAGGCUGUGCGCCACAGUAAAGCGAAUAACCCUCCAGAGACACAAGGGGUUCUGGGUUCAUUGUAAUGAUUCCAAACUAAAUAUGUGCUCAGUGGAGGAGGUGUGCAGGACACAAGCUUAUAUUCUAUUCUACACUCAAAGGAGCAACACACAAAGUGAUGUGCUAGGUGGCAACACACAGAGCAAUGCAGGGAUUCCUGACCUCUCUCUCUCAGCUCAGGCUCCGUCCUCUCAAGAGCGCAACAGGCGGAUCACCAUUCCCUGACACUGUGGCAGGAACGCAAGCACCAUUGUGAACCAGUUUGUUUCAAUUAAUGGAUAUAUAUAUUUUUAUUUCUUAGUUAUGUUCCUGUCUUUUUCAAAGUAGCAUCAAUAAACAUUUUUGAACAGUCUUCACAGUUGUCUAGGAGGGAUGGCCAUUGUGAUAGAUCAGGGAAGAGGGGAUUAUUUACAGUGAAAUAUGCGCCAUCCUCCAUUUCCAUAUCUACAGUGUCUGCUAAUAACGGUUAACAGGAGCAGUGGAUUCUCUAGAUUGGUUUAUUAGUGUACACCUGUUGGAAUAUACCCACCUAACUCGCCAAUUCUGAACCAUUACUGGUGCAAGUAAGAGACGUAAACAUAUUGGGAACUGUUUUGGGCCUUAAGAUGAAGCAGUAUUGAAUGACCUUUCUCAAUCAGUUAAUUUCGUUUUUGAACCUCUGUGUUUUUUUUCCUGUUCCACCUACUUUGUUACCUUGACCAUGUUUUUAUUAUUGAUGUGAACAAGGAUGACUUCA